CGCGACUCUCCAGCUCGAAUCUCGAACCUGCCCACAGCCAAUUGUCACUUCAUCUUCCCUCCCCGCACACUCAAACGUUCCUACAAUCAACAACCCACGCAGGAACUUAAACACCAACUCCCUUCUAGCCGGGACCCUCAACGUCGAAAGCCACACCUCACAGAUCCACCGCAGCCAUGGCAGACGACCUCACCACCUCGACCCUCUUCAAUUUCACCUCGCACAUCGCCCUCAUCACUGGCGGCGCGUCGGGGCUCGGCGAAAUGGCCGCACAAGCCUUUGUGCAGAACGGCGCCCGCGUCAUUAUCGCCAGCCGCAAAGAGUCCGAACUGCGCAAGACGUCUGACCGGCUCAACGCCCUCGGGCCCGGGAAAUGCGAGUACGUCGUCGCGGACCUCAAAGACAAGGCCGGGUGUCUCGCGCUCUGCGAACAAGUCAAACGCCGCACCGACCGCUUGACUGUGUUGUUGAACAACUCGGGCGCGACCUGGGGCGCCGACUAUUAUGAUUUCCCCGAGAGCGGGUGGGACAAGUUGAUGGCGCUGAACGUGAAGAGUAUUUUCUAUGUGACGGUCGGGCUGGAGCCGCUGCUGCUCAAGGGGACAUCGGCGGAUAUGCCGUCCCGUGUCAUCAACAUCGCGUCCAUCGCGGGCAUUCAGACCGUCGACGUGACGACGGGCGAGUCCGGCGGCCUCGCGCAGCCCGGCACGGGAACCUUUUCCUACGGCCCGUCAAAGGCCGCGUGCAUCCACCUCACCAAGAUCCAAGCGUCCAAGCUCGCGCCCAAGAACAUCAUGGUCAAUGUCAUCUGCCCCGGCGUCUUCCCGUCGCGCAUGACGGCGUUUGGCCUGGGCAAGUUCCGCUCCACACUCGAAGCAGGGCAGCCGACUGGGCGGAUCGGCCGGCCGAGCGAUUUCGGCGGGCUGGUGCUUUUCCUGAGCAGUCUGGCGAGCGCGCACAUGACGGGCAACGUGCUGGAGAUUGACGGCGGGCAGAACCUCACCGGGUGGAGGGGCAAGGCGAAGAGCGAGAGUAAGAUAUAGGAUGGAGUCUGGCCAGAGGCUACGUAUCAGCAUUACCGUAAAAAUAUUUACCUGCAUAACAUGCGCCCACGUGUGGUGUACGCGCUGAGAAGUCGAGAGGCGCAUGGAAUACGUGCAAGACAUACUCCGGCGGGUAUACCAUGCGAGACGAAAUCCACCCUCCCUCAUUCCCCCAUCAAGCCAUCUCCACCCGUCAUCAUUCCCCACCUCACCACCCUCACAUACAUGCACGUCGUCCAGAAUCUCCGUCACCCAUCAUUCUCCCAUCUCCGCACGCCGCACGCCGCAAUUCCCAGUACCUACCCAUCCACCCACGUUGGAUAGAACGCCCAUCUCCUCAUCCGCAGGUGGAACACUCCCCAAGAAGCUCCAUCCGCCACAAAAGCGUGCCAUGAGCAGAUCAACCCAAGCGAGCCAGACCCCUAACCCCGACUAAUGCGCGCCC